AUGGGUGACACGUCUCAGGUUCCGGUAGAGCAUGCAAGUGGCAGCAAGCCGCUGGUGGCCUUCCUGGGCCCCCAGGCCUCGUACACUCACCAGGCUUCAUUGCAGGCUUUUCCUGAGGACCAGUGGGACCUGAGGCCGGUAGUCACCAUCACGGACAUUUUCGAGGUCGUCCAAGCCGGAGAGGUCGCCUUUGGCGUCGUGCCUGUCGAGAACUCGACGAAUGGCUCCGUGGUGUUUUCGUUUGACAACUUCGCCGACCGCAACAGCUUGUACCCGGACCUAUCGGUCUGCGGUGAGAUCUACCUGGACGUGCACCACUUCCUUGUCGGCCGCCGCCCGCCCCGUGCCCUCGAUGACGCGACCGGCCCAGGUGACGGCUCCGGUGCCUGCACACCGACAGCUUCGGACCCGAACCCACUCAAGCCUCGGACCAAACCGCUGUGCAGUCUCAAGCACAUCCAGCGGCUGUACUCGCACCCGCAGGCCUGGGGCCAGUGUGUCGCCUUCCUCCAGACAUAUCUGAAGGGCAUCGAGGCCAUUGACGUCAGCUCGACGAGCCGCGCCGCGGAACUGGUGUCCAUGGAUGAGACAGGCACGAGCGCCGCCAUCUCGAGUGAGAUCGCCGCGCGCAUGCACGGCAUCGACGUGCUGGCGCGGAGCAUUGAGGAUCGCGAGGACAACACGACUCGCUUCUUCAUCAUCCGCAAGGGUCUCCAGGGCAAGAUGCCGGACCACUGUGAGCGGAAGAGGGGCAAAACCAAGUCGAUGGUGUCAUUCACGGUCCCACACGAAGCCCCCGGCGCGCUGGCCGACGUGCUCGAGUGUUUCCGCAAGUUCAAGCUCAACCUCACGAGCAUCAACAGCAGGCCGAGCCUGACGGGGCCUUUCACAUACGUCUUCUUCGUCGAGUUUGAGGGGCACAGGUUCCAAGACCCCGAGGGAAGGGUAAAGGGGGCUCUCGAAGGGGUGGCUCAGGUGGCGGAGAAGUUACGGUGGCUAGGGAGCUGGGAGGACCAGCGAUCGUGA